AUGAUGAGUGUUUUGAAGCAAAUUAAACCGGUCCAAGAUACCGUGAAAAAAUUAGAGUUAACUCUGGCCAUUCUGAAGCCCCACGUCGUGGAAAAUGCAAGAUCCGCUACCGAAAUUAAAAACAUUCUCCUGAGAGCCGAUUUCAAAAUUGUCCGUUCCAAGAGAGCUGUUCUGACCUUGCAAGAAACGUCCGGCCUGUUCAACCAGAAGGGUAACAAACCGAUGGACGGCGAUCUUACGGCCCAAAUCACGAAGGGCCCCUCCGACAUCAUGAUCCUGGCCAAAGCGAACGCGAUUGAACACUGGCGCAGCUUCACCGGACCAUGGAGCGUUUACAAAAACGCGGUCACCGGAUCCUCUUGCCGCGAGAAAAUUGGGCAGUUCUUCCCCGACUUUGACUAUGAUAAAUGGUAUGAGAACGAGGAAGUCCAUUUCCGCAAUAACAAUGUUUAUUUCGUCUCCAAGGAGUUUGUUCAUAAAUUAAAUCACGAUGUUGUCUCCGAGAGUAUUACUCAAAAGUAUAGCAAAAUUUAA